CCUCUCCUGGGCCCUGCUCCCUGCCCUCCUGGGCAGCCAGGGCAGCAAGGACGGCACCAAGGGAGCUGCCCCAUGGACAGGGGCCCACAGAGACAGCACCGAGCCUCGCAGGAGCUGCUGGCUGCAAAGAAGACCCACACCUCACAAAUUGAAGUCAUUCCUUGCAAAAUCUGUGGGGACAAGUCAUCUGGGAUCCACUACGGGGUUAUCACCUGUGAGGGGUGCAAGGGUUUCUUCCGCCGGAGCCAGCAGUGCCAUGUGGUCUACUCCUGCACCCGCCAGCAGAACUGCCCCAUCGACCGCACCAGCCGAAACCGAUGCCAGCACUGUCGCCUGCAGAAAUGCCUGGCACUGGGCAUGUCCCGAGAUGCUGUCAAGUUCGGCCGCAUGUCCAAGAAGCAGAGGGACAGCCUGCACGCCGAGGUGCAGAAACAGCUUCAGCGGCAGCAACAGCAGCAGCGGGGACAGGUGGCCAAGACCCCACCAGCGGGGGGCCAGGGGGCCGACCCCCUCGCCUGUCAUAUAGGGCUCCCUGAUGGGCAGCUGCCCCUGGGCUCCUCACCUGACCUGCCUGAGGCCGCGGCCUGCCCCCCUGGCCUCCUGAGAGCCCCGGGCUCCGGGUCUUCCUACCCCAGCAGCUUGGCCAAGGCCGGGCCUGACGGGGCCUCAUACCACCUGGAAUACAGUCCUGAGCGGGGCAAGGCUGAGGCUGGCAAGGGCUUCUACAGCACAGGCAGCCAGCUGAGCCCUGACAGAUGUGGACUUCGUUUUGAGGAUGCUGGGCAUCCUGGGCUUGAGGAACCUGGACGGGGCCUGGACAGCUACUGCAGCCUCAGUUUCCACAGCGCCCCAGAGGGGCCUUAUGCCUCCCUGACAGAGACUGAACACCUGGUGCAGAACGUUUGUAAGUCCUACCGAGAGACAUGUCAGCUGCGGCUAGAGGACCUGCUACGGCAGCGCCCUAACAUCUUCUCCCGGGAGGAGGUGGCCGGCUACCAGACGAAGUCCAUGUGGGAGAUGUGGGAACGCUGUGCCCACCGCCUCACCGAGGCCAUUCAGUACGUGGUGGAGUUCGCUAAGAGGCUCUCGGGCUUUAUGGAGCUCUGCCAGAAUGACCAGAUUGUGCUUCUCAAAGCAGGAGCAAUGGAAGUGGUGCUGGUCAGGAUGUGCCGGGCCUACAACGCUGACAACCACACGGUCUUUUUCGAAGGCAAAUACGGUGGCAUGGAGCUGUUCCGAGCCUUGGGCUGCAGUGAGCUUAUCAGCUCCAUCUUCGACUUCUCCCGCUCCCUGAGCUCCUUGCGCUUUUCUGAGGACGAGAUCGCUCUCUACACAGCACUAGUGCUCAUCAAUGCCAACCGGCCAGGGCUCCAAGAGAAAAGGAAAGUAGAGCAGCUGCAGCACAACCUGGAGCUGGCUUUUCAUCACCAUCUCUGCAAGACUCACCGCCAAGGCAUUCUGGCUAAGCUGCCACCCAAGGGGAAACUUCGGAGCCUGUGUAGCCAGCAUGUGGAAAAGCUGCAGACCUUCCAGCAUCUCCACCCCAUUGUGGUCCAAGCUGCUUUUCCUCCACUCUACAAGGAACUCUUCAGCACUGAAAUUGAGUCACCUGAAGGCCUGUCUGAGUGACCUGGAGGAGGGACUCCUUUCCCUUCCCUACAGCCUACUGGCCUUCCUCCCCGGAUCUCAUCCCACCUUCACAUAUUUCUUACCUGUGCCCCCGGAGGGUGGUCCCUGCCUGUUCUU